CAAUAAAAUUCUAGCCAACCUGGUACCAUUUCAUCCAACCAAUCAUAAGCUUUCGUGCAUGCAACACAGCUUCUUAUUUCAGUUUGUGAUCUUCACGAUCUUUCUUCUUUCCCUAAAAAAAAUCUUUUAUUUCUCAACUUCAAUUUCAGCACCAGCUUAAAGGGUUAUCCUUUUUUUUCUUGGUACAUUAUUACUGUUCUUAAUUGUGAUGUCUCUAGACAUUGGGUUAUCCCAAAAAUUGGGUCUUGAAGAGAAUUCAAUAGAGGGAAAAGAUGGAAUUACAGAGGAAAUGCUCUGUAGAAAGAUGAACAUGGUUAAUUCAAUUGACACUGAGGAGGAGAACGAUGAAGAAGAUGAUGAAAAGAUAGAAUUGGGUCCGCAAUGCACCCUUAAAGCCCAACUUGAGAAAGACAAGGAUGAUGAAAGCUUAAGGAAGUGGAAGGAGCAAUUACUUGGAACAGUGGACAUUGAGUCAAUUGGGGCAGAAACAGUUGAUCCAGAAGUAAAGGUGUUGAGUUUUGCAAUAAAGUCUCCGGGCAGAACUGAUAUGAUUCUUCCGAUCCCAAAUGAAGGAAAACCAAAAGGUGUAUGGUUUAGUUUGAAAGAGGGUAGCCGUUACAGUCUCAAGUUUACAUUUGAGGUUAGAAACAACAUUGUUUCAGGUCUAAGGUAUUCAAACACUGUUUGGAAAACGGGGAUUAAAGUGGAUAAUACAAAGGAAAUGCUUGGGACUUUCAGUCCACAGGUGGAGCCUUAUACACAUGAAAUGGGAGAAGAGAUAACACCUUCUGGGUUUUUUGCUAGAGGUUCAUAUGUGGCUAGAACUAAGUUUGUGGACGACGAUGGAAAGUGCUAUCUCGAGAUCAAUUAUGCUUUUGAUAUCCGUAAAGAUUGGCAGCCAAUCUGAACUUUUAAGUCGGCUAGCUUACUAGCUAAGAAGGCGGCAUUACUCAAUGAUAUUCGCCUAACGCUUCCAACUACGACUAUUAUUGAUUAUAACAUUUGUUCUUGAGCUUGGGGAAAAAUUAAAUAUUGUUCUUUUAGAUAUGUUUGUUCAGUAUAUUUUAAAACUCAUUUGUUUAUUUUUAUGAAUUCGAAUCUUGAUGAAAAAUUGUCAAUAAGAUUUUGA